GGGACAUGCUUCGGGCAUUCCAUGCAGCCUUGCGGAACUCUCCAAUCAACACCAAGAAUCAAGCUGUGAAGGACCGAGCCCAGGGUGUAGUGCUGAAAGUACUCACAAACUUUAAGAGCAGUGAAAUUGAGCAGGCUGUGCAGUCACUGGACAGAAAUGGCAUUGACCUGUUAAUGAAGUACAUUUAUAAAGGGUUUGAGAAGCCCACAGAAAAUAGCAGUGCAGUGUUACUCCAGUGGCAUGAAAAGGCUUUAGCUGUAGGAGGACUAGGCUCCAUUAUAAGAGUUCUUACAGCAAGAAAGACUGUUUAAAAAAAAAAAAAAGAAUCAUGUUACCUUAAGAAGAAUUUUGGAUGCCCAGGCUGGUGAAGAAGGGACUGAUAAUGGACCAUAUUCCUGAACUCCCAACUAUAUAUUUCAGGAAACAUAUCUGCUGAAAUGUAUUUUGCUUUUAAGGUGGAGGGAGAAAUAGUCUUAUUGUUUCCUAAAUUCUUUGCAGGAUUGGUGUCUCUGCCUUCAUUUACAGAGUAACACAGAAUUGACACUUGACUAUCACACUGACUGGCCAGAUUAUGUCAGGUGUACCUGUAUGCACUGUCUGUUUGAAAUGGGGAGGGGCUAUUUGGGCAGGUGCAGAUCCAAGGGCUGCUGUGAAAAGGAGAGUUUGGGUUCUGAAGUGAAAAAACCUGAGAGUUUGUACAGAUACACUGUCUUCCCAGAGAAGACAGGCUCUCUAGGGUUCAUUGUAAAGUGCCUGCUGCAUCAAUAAAGCUCUUGGCUCAUUAGUCUAUUGAUUGCGGUGUGUUCUCUAUAUGUUAAAUGGUAAGCAAAGGGAUGGCAAUGAAUGACAGUCUGAUGGUUUGGAAAGCUGAUGUUGAAGGGGUAGAGGUGUUCCUAUACUGCCAUGGCAAGCAUGGCAGUACCACAGCUAUGCCACACCACACUGAUGAUGCCACCAAGGGGCAUUUUGCUGAGUAUAUAUUGUUUCUUACUCCUUUGAUUUGUAUGUAAUUUUGGAGCUUAUUUAAUAAAAUGUCAAACGUUUAA